GAGCCACCCUCGGCCGUUCUUGACAUUCCUGGGGCUCUCGUGUGGAUUUGGACAAUGGUGUCCUCUCCCGCCCGCACCUGUUUUGGGAGGGGAAUCUGUCUUUCAUGCCGAUGGCUCCUAGGGCUUGGUGGAUUAUGAAAUAUUUUGGGGACCACCAGGACGAUCGUUUCCAAUGUGUCAUCGACGUGGAGCACGAGGACUCAUGGACGUCCCUGGGCUCCAAGGUCAUUCGUGUAAGCUACGCUGGAAUGGGCGACUCGGAGUUUUACGACAUGUACCGGCGCGGACUUGCGUUUACCUUCGAGCCUACUGGUGUGAUUACAAAAUUCGACUGGCUCGCGCUCAUAAACACCAUCGUCUCUGGUCUUGUCUUUCUUGCACUCGUUGAUAAUGUCGUAGGAGUGUUCGCCUUCUACAUCGUGCGACACAGCGACAUUUACAGCAAGGCCUGCGUCGAGGAGCUUCAGUACAGUCACCUUCUGGCGAAGUUCGGAAUCAAUGUGGCUCUGGCAUGCCAAAACUUCAAGGCUUGGAACAAGGCGGAUUCUGGCAAAGAAGCUUCAAUCUCCAAAGAUGAGCUCGCCGCAGUUUACAGUGACUGCUUCGACACUGAUACGGCCAUGAAGUUCGCAGAGGUUGUCAUUGAACAGGCAGUGGGAGACCCCAAUGCUACCGAACUGAAGUACUCGCAUCUUGUAGGCUUGAUGUCGACUGGUCUGGUUACCACUGAUCGGCUCAAGAAGUUUGCAGAGCAGCAUGCAAAUGAUCCUAUAGCUAAUUUCAAUAGCAGUCAGGUGGCUCCAGCAUAGUGAACCAUGUUAAGGCAAUGGCUGUCAUGCAGAUUGGAAGUGCAGCACGGGAGAUGCCAUUUUAAAUUGAACUCUUGCCAGAACAGUUGGGCUCGAUGCCUACUCAAUAAUCCCAAGCCAAAAAACAUGGGCUCCGUUGGGUCGUGCUGUUGGCAUGUGUACUGUCUGGGCGCGCUGAACAACAAAGAACUCAUCAUUAUCAUACUCAUCUUCAUUUGUUUGUGAUUUGGUGCAUGUCAGGCGAUGCGUCAGGACUCCCAUGACGCCCCACUCAUGCAUCACAAGGCGCGCUAUAUGCUGCAAAGCCUCUGGGAAGUCCUUGAUGGUCACAUCUUGUGCGAGGGCAUCAGACGCUGCGCGGAGGUCGCGGGUCCUGGGUUUGAUGCGUGGGAUGGGGUCGGACACUUCUACUUGCGGGA